UUCCCCCCUUAGAGCGGCACUAAGGUUCUGGUGAGCACCACCCCGUUGGAGAACACCUCCAUCCGCCUCGGGCCCGCGCGGCGCCGCAGCGCACGGACCAAAAUGGCGCGGAGGAACCGCCGGGGCGGCACCGGGAGCGGCCACGAGAGGCGGCGCAGCGCGCUGUUCCGGCACCUGGCGCGCCAGGCGUCGCUGCUGCACACGAGCCGCUCGCUGACGUCACUGAGCCGCUCCCUCUCCUCGUCCGACAGUCUCCCUGCUUCCCCUACGCAUGCGCGGGCGCGGGAUCCCGCACACCCGCCUCGCGCCACCGACGCAGGCCACAUGGCGCUGCGUUUCGUCGCCCCGUUGCUGCGCUCAGCGCUGAGCGGUGUCCGCUGGGGGGGAACGGCCGCCCCCACGCGUGCCGUUUUCCAUUGGGGGGACGCCCUGGUGCUGGAGGAGCUGCUGAGCCCGGAGGAGCGGAUGCUGCGGGACGCCGUCCGCAAAUACAGCCAGGAGCAGCUGCUGCCCCGCGUGCUGCGUGCCAACAGGCACGAGGUCUUUGACAGGGAAAUCGUGAAUGAGAUGGGAGCUCUGGGGUUGCUGGGUCCCACCAUACAAGGGUACGGCUGCGCGGGGACCACCUCGGUGGGUUAUGGGCUGGUGACCCGGGAGCUGGAGCGCGUGGACAGCAGCUACCGCUCGGUGCUGAGCGUGCAGUCGUCCCUCGUCAUGCACCCCAUCCUGACCUUCGGGACCCCCGCACAGAGGGAACGCUUCCUGCCCGCACUGGCGCGGGGGGAGAUGCUGGGCUGCUUCGGGCUGACGGAGCCCAACCACGGGAGCGACCCCGGGAGCAUGGAGACAAGAGCGCGCUACGACAAAGCCAAAAAGAGCUACCGCCUGCGGGGCACCAAGACGUGGAUCACCAACGCUCCAGCAGCGGAUCUGUGCGUGGUGUGGGCGGUGUGCGAGGAGGACCAGCAGAUCCGGGGGUUCCUGCUGCAGCGCGGCAUGGAGGGGCUCAGCACCCCAAAAAUCGAGGGCAAGUUCUCCCUGCGCGCCUCCACCACCGGCAUGAUCGUCAUGGACGACGUGGAGGUGCCGGAGGAGAACGUGCUGCCCAAGGCCAAGGGGCUGGGGGGUCCCUUCAGCUGCUUGACCCACGCCCGAUACGGCAUCGCAUGGGGUGCACUCGGCGCUGCAGAAUUCUGCCUGGAGACGGCUCGGCAGUACAGCCUGGAUAGGAAGCAGUUCGGGGUGCCCUUGGCCCGGAACCAGCUGGUGCAGAAGAAGCUGGCGGACAUGGUGACGGAGAUCACAUUGGGGUUACACGCCUGCCUGCGGCUCGGCCGCCUCAAGGACGAGGGCAAGGCCACCCCUGAGAUGGUGUCGAUGCUGAAGCGCAACUCGUGCGGCAAAGCCCUGGACAUCGCCCGGCAGGCGCGGGACAUGCUGGGGGGGAACGGCGUGUGCGACGAGUACCAUGUCAUCCGGCACGCCAUGAACCUGGAGGCCGUCAACACCUACGAAGGCACCCACGACAUCCACGCGCUGAUCCUGGGCCGGGCCAUCACCGGGAUCCAGGCGUUCACGGCCGGGCAGCCCACGGAGCGGCGCGGGUAGAGCUGGGCCGGGCUGGGGGCACUGCGGCCUUUUGGGACGGCCCAGGGGCUUGGGCUGCACCAAAGGGGCCGGUGCUGCACGGAAUGGAUGCGGUGCCACCUGCAUGGCAGGGCAGCCUGGUGCCCUCACCGUGCACACAAUAAAGGCUGGAAGUGCCCUCCUGGCUGCCUGUCACCAGGACAGGGCUUGGUGCUGCCUCGUGCUGCUGGUGCCACAGCUCACACGUGUGGCCGUUUUGAUCUUUUAUUUGAAUUGCGUUAAAAACCAAACACCAACA